AUGACCUCUGGACACGCUAACAUGUAUUCUCACAUCACGGCCAAAUACAGCGUCAGUAAUGCGAGUGACGACCUUGAAGUACCUGUGGAGAGCGACAUUCAGCGACGGCAACCUGACCUCCACCAAGGUGACCUUGUAUACUGCAGCUGGACCUCCACCUGCUCCAGGUUGACCGCAGCAGCCCGCCUCCUGGAUCCACCGUCUGUAGGAGCUUCGAGCCACGCGCCGCAUACCUCUCGGCCGGGCACACCCAUCGUCUCUUCCAGGAGUAGUCUUAGUCUUCGCCUGGGCUCGGCCUCUCGUUCAGCCAGUCGUCUGGUGUCGUCUGCCCGUCCCGUCAGUCGUCUCACGUGCCUAGGGACACCCCCAGAAGAGGAGGAGGAGGAGGAGGAAGAGGAUGAGGAGGUGAAGAUAAAAUAUAUCCAAAAGGAAGAGUCGCUCGUCACUUCCCUCUCAGGUACUUCCCUUAGCAGCAGCAGUGGCGGGGAAAGCAACUCGGGGUUUCUGGAAUCACCAGAGUCGCCCACCCCGGGAUCACCACUCUUCUCGCCACAACUUGAGGAUCGUCUCCGACACAGCGUCUCCUGCUUCAGGCGUCUCCUGAGGAGCUCCUCCCGUGCCCACACAGCCACCAGUCUCUCCUACCGCAUCAGACACUCGAGGUACUGCGGGUGUUCCUCUGGCCACAGUAUAGAUAACAUAGAAAUGGUGGACGCCAAGGUGAUGUACGCCAGCAGCCAGGACCCGACCUUCCCUCCCUCCGCCAUGCUCGACGGGAGGCCGGACACGUUCUGGGCAUCGAGUGGGCUGUUCCCUCAGGUGGUGGUGCUGACCCUGCCAGGUCUCACCUCUGUCGACUCUCUCACCAUACUCGCCUACAAUGGUACCUACCCUCCACCUCACUUGUCGGCUACGCUAUACUUCAAUUACUUUAAAUCCCUCAGUGCACGUAGUCAGAACCUGGUGCUAAAUUAGAGUUGAUUCCUUUAAAUUACUUUUAACGCAUCGGGUGAUAUACGAAUGGCCAUCUCCAGCUUACUUGUUACUCGAAGCUUCACGAGCUGUACGGAAUGCUCAGAGUGCUCUAUCCAGAUUUUUUUUUGGCAAUCUUCCUAGUGAUUGUUGUUGUCUGAGCCAUUGGUAUUAUGUGAUCAGUUGCCUUCUAAGGAAUUUUUUGUGACCACGUACAACACUGGGGAUGUUUUGUGUCCGAGUGUUUCCCAAGGGGAAUUUUGUGGUUAAGAAGUGGAAUGAAAUGAGCAGUGAUACAGGAGUAUACUCCACACAGCAUUUGAAAAGUAUAUCUCAAAGGUAUUUAACGUCAUUUGAUAGGAAGUUAAAAGGCGAGACAAUAAGCCUCCCCUUCCCUCCGUCCUCGAGUGGUGGAAACAACUUACACACACAGUUUUAAGAAUAGUUAUAGGGCUCGUGAGGGCGGGUACAGUGUGUGAUUAGUGG